AUGCGUCUGGCCGGCUUGUUCCUUUGUUCGAAGCGCCAGCAGCUCUUCCCUCGUGUAAACAAGGUGGAGCUGAGCUGGAGAGCUGAUGAUGGCUACAGCACAGGGAUGGUGCUGUGUCCUGUGGUCGGCUCUCUUGUUGUGUCUUUUCAGCCCAUCAAGCUUAAAGACAAUAAUUGGGAGGGUCUGGGGGAUGAUGUAGCCUCGCUGCACAGACUGAAGGGACUGGCCAGUCACUUCAAACACCUGCAAACUACAGCCCAGAGUGAUGGAGCCGCUCCCAGGUUUAAUAAGAAAACACAAUCUGAAGGUUGUGUGGAGGCCUUGAAGUUUGAAAGGAAUAAAAUGGACAUGAAUGAUUCGGCUGUGAUCAUUGGCACCAGGAUUGGAUUUAACCCUGAGAAUGGCAGUGAUGUUUCUGUGUGUAUGCUGCAGAAGAUAAAGGAUGUGAAUGAAUUUCUGAAGAUCAUUGAGGGACAGAAGACUCAUGAUGUGCUUUUGUCUGCAUCUGAAACAUCACACACCUACAGAAAUAAACUCAUCCUCAUUAUGGACGGAGAAGCAGAGACCCUUCAGCUAGCUGAGAAAGAGUACAGUGAAGACCCCUGGUUUUCUGUCAAGGCUGAGAUAAGCUGCCUCCAGUCCAAUACUUGCCCUUCAGACAUCGGCAGAGGAACAGUUAUAAAGAUAUUUGGUAGGCUGUCAGAAGAUGGAAACACUCUCUCAGGUUUCUCUGGAUCAUCUCUGGCACUUCUGAUGUUAAAACCUGAAUUUCAGGACGUUUCUCUCUUCUCCACCCACAGAAACACCAGCACCAUCUUCAGAAACGGGUUCUUGAGAGUUUAUAAGGCUCAUGAUAUAAGUGCUGUUUUGGAGACCACCACCCAGAAUAACCUUAUUUACCAAACUCUGGACAGCUCUGGUGCUGCUGUCGAGUACCAGGUGACAAAGAGACCUGUGGACCACAGCACUCAGUAUGACGGUCAGCAUAUUCUCAUCCUGCAGGAUGAUCGAAUCGUUCGAGACGCUGCUACAUUUCUGUACGAGAAACACCCAACAGUGUCCUCCGUCUACAUGCUGGAAAACGGGAAACCCAAACUUAUCAAAGGAGACCCCACGCCGCUGACUGCGGAAAGCCGGUUGGUGAUCGUAGGUCACGGGAGAACAGGCCCAGAUGGAAAAACAACACUGGGAGGCUACAAAGCUAAGGAUGUGGCGGAGAUCAUUACACACAUGAACAUCGAUGGAGACCAGAUCAAAACCACCAGUGUGGUGGGCUGUGAUGUUGGAUCUGAUGAAGACUUCGUAAAGACUUUACUUAAAGAACUUCAUGCAAAGUCCAUAAACACAGAGCUCCACCUAAGGAACACUUUGGUCCAGGUGACUCGCUCUGGACAGAAAAUUACUGGGGAAAUCACUCCAGAUGGAAUCAUUUGGAAAAACAAAGAUGGCAGCAAAAAGUUAGUGGGAAAACUGGACAGGAAUUCUGAAGUUGUCAUUCAGACUCAGUCUGGAUAUGCAGGGCAGGAGGUUUAUCCAGAUAAAACAGAUGUUCUAGGAAAAUACUUUACUGAUACUUGGCCAUCAGAGCCAAAAAGAUUUGUAGAUCAAGUCUUUCGAAAAAACAAACAACAUAUAGAUGAUAUUGAAGCUUUAGCAUGGGCUUUUUUCAAUGAACAAGCGACCGAAUAUAAAAAAACCUUAGUUGAUAUACUUCCUAAGGUAAAGAAAUUAAACAAUAUUGAAUAUGUAAUGUACAAGAGAAACAUUAUGACAAAGGAGUACACACUACUUAAUAACAAAAAUGCCAUAUUGGACAUUUUGGACACGUGCUAUGAACUCCAUUCUGGUAAAGACAUUGUAAAUGUUAUUAAACAUUACGCAAUUGCUGGGGAAAAAUACCCUGCGUAUUUCAUGCAAAAUGAUUGGGUUUUUCAAGUACAUCCCAAAACUCUUUAUGUUUAUCCAGUUGGAAAAAAACUGAAACCAAAUGAAGAUGCUGCAGUUAUAAAGCAAAGUAUAGAACAACAGAUGGGAAAACAUCAAUACAGACAGAUUAGAGAAGGAAUGAAUAAUAAUAAAAAAGCUUAUUCCAAGUAUUUUUUACAAACUUUGAAAGGCACAUAUAGAAGGACAUUUCUUCACCCAUAUAUUGAGGCAUGGUUUGGCACAUACUUAAUGGCGUCAGUGAUUUCUGAAACCAUUAGAAACUUCCGUUCAUUUCCUGUCACACUGAUGGCUCUGGACAUGAGUCACAAUCCAGAUAAUAACAUCGCAGAGCGAGGACAAGAGAUCCUUUUCGAUAAACUUCCAAUGACUAAAGGUGGCACUUGGUCAGACGUAAGUAAACGAGGGUUUGAUGGUGUGGCUUCCACUACAUCUAAAUGGGACAAGUUGGACAUUGGUCAAAUAGUGAAAGAAGAGGAUUCAAUAUGCAGUAAAUGGCUUAGUAGUUUGGGCCAAAACAAUGUUGACUCUGAAGGGUUAAAGCGGCUUUUUGAGCUUGUGCAUACGGAUGUUUCUAAUGCAGAAACUGCUUAUAAAUACUUUAAAACUGCUUAUAAAGUCUUUAAAACAGCAAUUAACAAACAAGGACCACAGCUCACCUCUGGGGUGUUGGGAGGAUCACCUGAUGGACAAAUCACCGUACAGGACAUGCACUCAGCUGCUGAGGUGGAGCAUUCUCUUAAACUUUCCUCAUAUUACUCCAGGUCUUCUGCUGAGCUUGCACAACACAUACACAAUGAACUACAGAGAACCUUUGGUGAGAAACUGCAGGAACUCAGCGUGAAACCAAACUCCAUCAUGGUGAAAGACGGAGAAUUCCACUGUCAGUUUGUAAACAACAAGAAUCCUCAGGAAACUACAGACUGGGAAGUUAAAGUACCAGCAGAAAGCCAACAUCAAAUGGAAAAAAUCUGGAAUAAAAUGGAAAAGGUCUCUGAACCGCUGCCCACUCACGAGACGUCUGGGCAUUUAGAGAGAGAAGGGAUGGCUGUAGGGACGGUAGGGCUCAUUCUGGGAGCAAAGGCUGCUGUCCAGGCCUUUGAAGAAGGAGACAUUAAACAUGGAAUUGUAAACACUCUACAAACUGUACAUGGAGUGACGGGAAUGAGUCUGGCUGCUGUCGGAAAAAGGGUCUCUGUUGCUGCUGAAGGAAAGGUUAUCAAAGCUGUAUCAACUUUUUUAAAAAACCCUGUAACUAAGCAUACCCUCAAAGUCAUGCCGAUUAUAGGAAUUUCAUUUGGUGUUUAUAGCAUUUACGAAGACAUCAAAAGAGGAGAUGCACUGGGAUAUAUUGAUGCGGGCCUGGACUCUUUAAUUCUUGCAUUGGACAUUGUAGAACUUGCACAACCUCACCUAACACCUGUUAUAAUGCCAAUCAGCCUUGCACUUAAUAUAAUAAGGAUGGUAUUUGAUGAUAUAUACCUUGGCGUACAGGAUGAGUUAAACAAGCUUCCACCAAAUGCUGGAAUUCUUAACAAGAUAGGAGCAGUUAUCAGGGGCUUUUCAAACGGCUUAAGACAUGACGUUUUUGAUGUAGCAAGUUUUUUUUACACCAUUCCUUAUCGUGAGAUUGAAAAUGGUCGCACACUUGUAGACCAAAUUUCUGACUAUCAUAAAUAUUACUCCUAUAGAGAAGUGCAGAGCGGGAGAAAAGCUAUUGAUUUCACAGGUGGAGAAAGCUCCUGGAAUGGAGGGGGCAUCUGCUUCAGUCUGUCCGAGCAAGGACCGUCAGAAAUGUGCCUGGAUUCUUUUGUGUCUGCUGAUGAAAGCUUUGGAAAAAGGUGUUGGCCUGUUGACACAGCUGAUGACAUAGUUUUGGGAACUGGAGAAUCACACAAAUUACAGUACAGCAGAAUUCAAAGAAAAGUGCUUCUGUUUAUACCAGCUGGAUCAAUUACUGUGGUUUCUGGUUAUCAGAAUUUGUCCUACUCCAGAUAUGGAAAAUACAGUGGGAACAGCAGGCUAAAUAACUUUUUUGCUGUUCAGAAGAACGAAGACAGUCAUUUGAUGGAGAUCAUGUUGAGCUAUUAUUAUGAGCUUAAUGGAAAUGCAGGAGGUGACACUUUCUACUUAGGACCUCAGAGGAGUUAUGUAAAGGGUCAGGGUGGUAGAGACACGUACAUCAUUCCUAAAGAUGGAGGAAAUACCCACAUUGAUAAUUACGACCCACUUAAAACCACAGAUUUACUCAUCCUAGGUGUCAACUAUGAUCAAAUAUCAGUGUCUAAAUCUGAAGAUGAUGUUACUAUGAUGUAUUUAGGUGAUCAUUCUGUGAGAAUCAUAAAGUGGUUCGUUGGAGAGGAGUAUCGUCAUAUAAACAUGAUGUCAGAAGACGGGAUAAUGUUUGAUAUUUCUACAAAUGUGUUGUUCCCAGUGAAGCUCACGGCCCGAGCAGUCAACCUGAUGUCUAAAUCUCAAGGUCAAACAGUGGACACCACCCUGCCCCAUCUCCUUACUGUAACCAAUGUCUUGGGCUCUACUUACAACGACCGGAUCAUUGGGAAUGCACAAAACAACAUGCUGGAUGGUGGAGGAGGCCGGGACUAUAUUAAAGGAGGAGAAGGAGAGGAUGUUUACAUUGUAAACGAGAAGAACACAUUUAAAGUGGAAAUUGACAACAAUUCCACAGAUAAAGCAAAAGACAUGAUCAUAAUAGAGGCAGAUCUCCACACUUUUAGAACUAAAGUCAGUGGAAACAACUUGAUACUGAUGCCAUUUAGAAACCGAAAUGUAGAGGUCACCCUGAAAAACUGGUUCCGUUCAGAAGAAAACAGACACCUUCUAGUCGUCACUAAAGAUCUGAUCACCUUCAGUCUGUCUGCAGAACAAUCCCGCUGCAGUCAACCAGAUCCACUUCGCAGCAAAUGCAUCCUAAGCCAAAGUAUAGACUACAGUAAAUCCUCCAGCCCCCUUGUGGUGGAUCUACAGGAUGAUGAAGCUUUCCAAAAUGUCACUGAAGUUCGUGGUUCCAACCGUAACGACAGAAUUAAAGGCAACUCAGUAUCAAACACCAUUAUUCCAGGAGCAGGAUCUGAUCUUCUGGAGGGUCGUGGUGGACAAGAUGUGUAUGUAGUGACUCCUGGUCAAGGAACUAAAGUUAUUUUCAAUUACUCACCAGAUCUGGAACUGGAUACUCUUUUACUGAAUGAAGUAUAUGAGAGAAUUGUUCCAAAAUGCUUUGGCCAAGACAUAAAACUCUUUGUUAAUAACAAGGAAGAAAUCCAGUUAAAAAGCUGGUUCAGUUCAGAGACGUCACAGCAUCUGAUGAUUCGUUCAAGUGACGGAAUAACUUUUCUUCUUCCGUCCAGUUCCAGCCAAUGUGGAGGUCUACUAAAGAUACCACAGUCUGUGGAUUACAGGAAUGCAAAUCCUGGCCAGACAAUGAAAAUGAAUACCAGAAAGUUUCUGUCUGUGGUGGAAAUGUAUGGAUCAUCAGGAUUUGAUAUCAUGACCGGAAACGACAGAGAUAACUGGCUGGACCCCUUCACCGGGGGAGCGAUUUUAACCGGUGGAGAAGGGAAAGACACUUACCUAAUAAAGCCAGAUUAUGGGACUCUAGUUGAGAUUGACAACUUCGCUCUCGAUGAAAAGGAAGACACUGUGCAAUUUCAGGCUGAAUUCCUUGGCAAUAAUUUUACUGUUUAUUCAGAAAACUAUGAUGUGAUCCUCUCUGUUCAUGAGAAAGGCCAAAACAUGAAAGUGACACUGAAGAAGUACGGAAAAGGGAACAAAUUCCAGCACCUGAACUUCCAGACUGCUGAUGGGGUGCAUUUUCGGGUUAUGUCUCCAGUUACAAAUCAGUCUGAAGUCUUUGAAGAACCCUGGAUUAAAGCUUAUAAAGUGGUGCUGAAAGGUCAGCAGUCAGACUGCCACAUAGACCUGCGCUCUCAGACCAACCUGCUGACCGUCCACACAGUUCAGGGCUGCCCUCAUCAGUCCAACCACAUUCAGGCCAGUGAUAUAGACAAUGCUGUAUUUGGUGGCCUGAUGGAUGAUGUAUUGGAUGGGGGUAAUGGGCAUGACACAUUGAUUGGUGGAAAGGGAAAUGAUAUCUUAAUUGGGGGUGCUGGAAAUGACACUCUUUACGGAGAAGAUGGAGAUGAUACCUUGCUUGGAGGUCCGGGCUGGGAUAUCUUUGUUCCAGGCCCGGGAGCAGAUGUGAUUGAUGGGGGCUCUGGAAGAGACACAGUGCUCUACACGGGGGAUCACAAGACGGGUACGGGGGUUUACGUCAACCUGCUGAGUGGAGAAGGUCACCUGUCUGAUGCAGAGGGAGACGUGCUGAAAGAUGUGGAAAACGUGAUUGGCACCAUCUACCCAGACAUCCUUGUCUCCGGAUAUGAGCCCACUUUACUCAAAGGAUCUGAUGGAGAUGAUGUCCUUGUCUCUCUAUCAGAAGGUGACGUUCUGAUUGGUGGAGACGGAAGAGAUGUCUACAUGAUGGUGCCGCACCAUGGCUGGAUCACUAUAGACAACUGUGCUGAAGAUAGUGCCACAGAUAUGUUAUACCUGCCUACUGUAUCACUGAACACUGCUGAGUGCAAGCAGACUUCAUCUGGACUGAUGCUGAAUUUCCACACUGAAGAUGACACUUUUGUGGGCAUUUUCCUGAAAAACUGGGUGAACACCACUCAUGACUGUGGUCAUUUGACUCUAAUCCUCAGAGAGGGGAUAGCUUCUGUCGAGACACUUCAGCAAAACUGUUAGAUGUUGGGGGAGCUAAAGGUAAAGAAAGAAAGUUUCGAAGCAGAGCUCUUUACGUCUCUGUGGAGAAGAAAGUAUGGUAGGAGGUGGAACUCACGCAGAGGAAUAAAUACCAUACUUGAUUAUUUCAAAAUGAUUUAAUACUGCCUUUUGGCUAUCUGGUUAGUCCAGUUCAUGGUCAGGGUGCAUUACAAAUAAUUAUAAUUUUUGUGGGCAAAUAUUAUCAUACUAUGAUAAAAUCUUACAAUUUCUCUUCUAAAUGGAAUCAAAUACAAGUCAAUCAAAUAAGUCGUAGGAAAACUUUUAUGUUAAAAUCAAAUUAUGGUGGCUUUCAAGAUGCCGGCUGUGUUCCCUAAGUAGCCUAAAAGAUAAAUCCCCUCAUCCAUUACUUGCUGGGAAUAUGCCAUUUUCCCUUUUUUUAUUUCCUUUUCAUUUUUGAAAUUAAAUUAUGUCCUGAGACUUUUGACUCACCCUGUUUACAUAGCCUGGUAGAAUUUGUGAUUUUUUUUGGCAAUUUUUUGAAAAUAUGAAUGAUAAUUUUUAAAUCAUAAUGACAACAGAAACAAUCAGAAUAAUCCUUAUCAAAUGUUAACAUACCCUAGUUCUUAAUACUAUGUGUUUUAUCCUUCAACAUGGAUGACAGCUUCAAGUACUUUGUGGUAUUUAUUUGUACUUUGUGGUAGGGAAUUUUCAACACAGGCGUAUCAUCAAUGUCCAGGUAGCUGCAUCAUUAAAAUAUCAAUCCGCAAAGUGAGAGUGCACGACUCUUAAAGGGAAUGAUGAGCAAGAGACACUCUGAUUGGUUAAUUUCAUGUUACGCCCAAAAUUAACCAGAAUUAGUUCAUGAUAUUUACUCAUUUCAAACCGUGCAAGGUGUACAUUUUUUCCGCUGUUACGAUAGCAAACACACACUGACACGCCCUAAAUCAAGCUGCACGGUUAACGGCUCGCAUAUAGAUCACUAAAAUAAGGCCAUUUGUUUUUGAAUCACUAGGUUACAUUUUAUUGCAGCUUCAGUCUUUUAAUAUAAUUAUAUAUAAUAUAUUAUAUAACGUUCUACACUUUCCAUUUAUGCUAAUUCAGAUCUUCAAAAUUACCCUUAUAUAGACAGAUAAAUAGACAAAUAGACCAUAACCCCUUCCCACUGUCCACUCUGGCCACUAUGUAAAAACAGAAAAAAGCAAAUUAAAAAUAACAUGCUAAAUAGACCCACAGAGAAAACUCAGAAUAUUACAUUACAUUACAUUACAUUUGGCAGACGCUUUUGUCCAAAGCGACUUACAAUAGUCAAGUACAAAGUAAAUAGGAAUUAAGAUAAAGCAUUUAUCUUAAUUCCUAUUUACUUUGUACUUGACUAUUAGAAUUAGAAUUAGAAUAAAUCAUAAUAAACUCCAUAAUCAAUUUAGAAUUUGAGUAAAUAUAUAAACACUAUCCCAUAUUGUUAUACCAUCACAUAUAUACAUCCUGUUUCACAUCCUGUAAAAUCUGAAAUCUGCUGCCACUGUUAGCAAAACAACCCAAACAUCAUGAUUAAUGCCCUCCAGCGCUGUACACCCAUUAAACAUUUAGAGCAACAAGGAAUCCAUCAGCUAAACUCUCAGCUGGACAUCCCAUCCCACUGUUCCGCUCACUCUGGAUAUCUGGAGACACCUCAGCAAUCCAAAGAAAUCUAAACCAAAGAAAACAGCAUUGUUCUUCUGGUAGUGCUGACUAUUCCAAAGAAAACUUCUGGAAAUCAAAGUAAAAUCAUCACUGUCUCUCACUGGAUAAACCUCCUAACUGACCGUCUAUCUACAGAAAAGUUCUUCACCUCAAUCAACAAACAGAACCACAGAAUUCAGCUCAGCCUGGACCCUCAGCACCUGCCUACAGCAACAGCACCCUCAACUAAAUAAACCAAAUAAUGUUGUUUUAAACAGUUAAAGUUUCAGAACCAUAUAUGUUUUUUUUCUUUCCAAUUUCUCCAGUUACUCAGUUUCUUUCUCUCCUCUAUCCGUUUAUAUUUUAGAGAUUUCUUACUGAGUUCUUGUUGUUUAAUUUUUGUGUUUAUAUAUCACUGUCUGAGGCUUAUUUACAAUCACAUUAAUAAUGUAUUAUCAUAAAAAAAGAAAUAAAAAAACAUGAUAGUAAUAGUGAGAAUAUAAUCUGUCAGCAUUUACACUGUAUUUUCCCUGAUUUGUGAAUGCCAAUGUGUAACUGGUGUACUUCUUACUGUGUAAUCUUUCCAGAGUGUGCAUUGUAAGGAUAACUCUGACAACAAGGUUCAUGAUUGCUUGGCAUGUGAAAAGUAAACAUAAUAAAAUAUUAA